CACAGGCACAGCAUCUGCCGGUGGCCCGGGAAGAGACCACCUUUUUUAGCCAGUCCCGACCCGCAGCUCAAGUCCUAGGGAUGCUACCAAGUCCUGAGAGUCCUACGACACCGACCUGAAUACAAUCUUGCAGGCUUCAUCCACCUCAUCCCAUGGACAAAUAAAACAAAAAUGGGUGGCGGAUCGGUCCCCUUUCAUUCGACCCGUUUCUGACCGUUGCUUUCCUUGCAAUUUGAUCUUUCUGAUUUCCACCCGUGCGUCCUUGGGAGCACCUUGGGGGUAUUAUGGAGUCCAAGACUUCGCUGUCGCCCUUCGGGGAUGACCGCCGUUCGCUCAAUCAGAGCCCGUCACCUUCAGCCCUACGAGCUCUCACCUCGUCCCGCCUGAGUUUCGGCCGCUCACGACGGGACUCUUGCUGCACGAAUUCGACUUCAACCUCUUCAGCCCGCUCAUCCAUUGACUCAAACACCUCGCCGUCAUGCGUCACUCGCACCGUAAGGCGAGACGAAUGCGCUCUGCACAAGUUCAUAGUAUGGGCCGCUGUGAAGCGCAACAAGUCCCAAAGGAUGACGGCCACUGAUCGUCUCGAAUGUCCAAUGCUACGCUGUCGCAAAAGGUUUCCAGACCACGCUGCUAUGCUGGAGCACCUCUACGACUGUCCUGAGCUCGAAACUGGCGAGUACUGGUGUUAUGAAUGUAGCAAGGCUGAAAAGUUUACCGACGGAAACUGCAAACGAUGCCUCGGCCAUCCUGGAAAAAGACGCAAGAUCAUAAAUGUCGCUAAGAACUUCUUCUCUUCCAUGGGACAAAAGUCAAGAAACUACCCGAGCAUCCCCGAUGUCCGCCUAGACAACGUAUCUGAAGUCGCUAUAGCACCACCUCCGAGCUACGACGAUUCCUUGCAUAUACAACCACAGCAAGUUGAACUUUCCUCCUCGUCGGAGAUCUUGGAGAUUGAUUCGACCGAGGUCCCCUGGCCUACACCCACGAAUGCCCAUUUCAAUACUGUGACGGCUCAACCUCAUGUUUCUACGGGCAUGAUUCCGGCAAACCUCCAACACCCAAACUCCAUUCUGCCCGAUCCUUGGUUUGCACAGAACAAUUUCGACAUGAGCGAUAAUGCCAUGGUCAAAGCCGACCGGCCAUUACUGGCCCUGAAUACUGACGUUUUUGGCUACCCCCGGAAACAACUCCAGCCUACGACAAGGACUAAGAAUCUUUCUCCGAGCAAUUCACUUAGAUCAAACGCGAGCACCGAUACAACAGCCAGUUACCUCAUUUCCCCUGCUUCUGCCUAUAGUGGCGCAUGGACAACUGCCGAGACAAACAUCACAUCACCAACCUCUGACGGCGGUUCUGGUGGAUAUCUUUCCAGGGGAUGUUCUAACGCAAGUCGAUACUCGAAUAAUAGCGUGGAGCCGUACAACUUCAUUUCAGAGCUUCCGGCAGAUGACAUUUUACUACAAAAUUUUCCCAUGACACUUCCGGCCGUUGAUUUCGACCAGUCGGCAUCCUCAUUGGAGGUACCAGCCGCCGUCAGCCCCUUAUCUGAAGCCGCCGACGUUCCUGCUCAGCCAAAAGUCGGCACCCUUGCGCUAAACGAGCUUUCAGAAGAUGCCUUGUCUGAUCAUGCUGUGGACGCCAACUCGCUCGUCGGGUCGGCUUGGGAUACGCUCAAGACUCACAUCAGCUCCUCACUCGAAAAGCUGCAGCAUGUCUCUCACAGUGCUCUCGCAGCACAGUUGCGAGAUCUUUCGCCGCAGCAAGUAGCGGACAGGGCCCUCGUUGCGCUGAAGGGCAUGUCUGAGGGUAGGCAUCCCGCGACUAGCAUCGAUACCCUUUGCUUCGUUCAUCUGAUGUACUCGCUCUCGCUUGUUGUCCACGAAGAUGGUGCUCAGGAUCGCUCCAGGAACCUAUUCGCUCAAACCUCUCAUUACAGCAUUGCGCUCCCUGAGUGGGAGCAAUCAGACUAUCUUCGCGUCGCAUCAGCGAUCUGGCAGCCCAAAAAUCUAUCUGCCGGUGAACUGAACGGUUUAUCAUCAAGUGAGCACGGGGAUGAAGUCUCUCGGUCGUCGAGCAGAAAGGGCAAAGAACGGGAUCCUGCUAUACCGACAAAUCGACCUGAACAGGAUGAAUUGUUGGAGGUGGCAAAGUUCUUCCUAGACGAAUUGGACUAUUCUGUCCUGUCCAGCGGGCAACCUGAGUCGGCCGAAGUCUUAACCUCGAUGCUAUGGGCACAGCAUUGGCAGUACAAUGCCAAUCGGGCUCCAUCGAACAGUGCACUGUCUGCAAGCUUCAAAGGAGUUCGUAGCAAUCUCAGACACGACUUCCUUCGCGCCGAUGGUCUAGGUGCAAAGUGGAGGCGUAUUCAGAAGCGCAUCGAUGAUGGCAGUAUUUGGAGCGCCAGGCAAGCGGAGAUAGAGCUCAUGCAAGCCGGCAAAGGGUGCAUGUCAUUGCAAGACUACUUCAAUCAUUAUGUUCCGAAGGUUAGGGCACAGUUCGAGGUCCUCUACACCAAUCCUAUGAUAGGGGCUACCACACGAAGAAGCUAUCAUGCAUACGCUAUCGAUCUGAUGGAGUCUAUCAUUCGCGGUAUUUGCACAAAGGAGAGUCUGAAGGAUUCUUCUCGGGUCCCUUCUGAGAUGAUAAGCGAGGCAACCCUCGAUGAUUUCAUGAAUCUGACAACAACCCUGGGCGACACAACUUGGAGCGAUGCCCGAGCCACGACAACCGACACGCCACUUAUCUCGGCGUCCAUGCCUGAUAUUUACAUGGACGUAGACAGCAAUGGAUUGCCAGACCCCUUGACUAUGUUCUUCAACGAUGGUGGGGUUCCAGCAGCACCAUCAUUCCAGAUACCGCCAUCCAUGACACGGCCUGACAACGUACCUGGCGAGUCUGCGGCCGAAGUCCGGGAAGACCCCACCUCCAGCUCAGCAGCGAAGACAGAGGCUGAGGCCAACGAAAAAUGUGAGAUCUGUGGAUACCGACCCAAAGGCGCCCCUCAGUGGUUCAAGGGUAGCAUGGCAAAGCACAAGAAGUUGCAACACUCAACGGCGCCGCCAAAGAUUUACAAGUGUCCGUUUCCGGGCUGCACGAGCCAAUACAAGAACCGACCAGACAAUCUAAAGCAGCACCAGCAAGACAAGAACCACUUUGUGGACGGGGAGACUGAGAGGAGACCGAGUAAAAGGAAGAAGAGAGACUAAUUAACGAAAUAUUUGAGGUUUGCUGUCUUCGAUAGUAAUCCGCACGAUAGAAUGGGGUUGAUUUCCGGCGUAUACAGGAUGGGUGUAAAGAUACCACAUGAGCGAACAGAGUCUGGCUUCCUUCUUUGUUCUUAUUUUUGGUUAUGUUUAGCGGGCCAUUGUAUUCUAUACCAUCAAAGCUUGGACUAAUGGUACUCGAUGAAGGAAAGUGAAGAAGAUAUUACAACAGUAUCAAAUAUAUUGGAAAUACUAGUCA